AUGGAAGCAGCUUUUCCUGGUCUGCCUGGCGUCUGAUUUCGUUCGUCACCAAACUGUCACCACCGAACGAGAUCAUCAGGACGAGAUCGCGCCGAGAAGCGCAAUCAUCACCGCUCCAGACGUCAGCAGGACGGGAAACGACGGAUCGGAGAUGAGCGUCGUGCCGACAAAGAUAAACGUCAUCAGGCAAGGAGUCGUGAUGAUCGCCGCAGAAUUAUUGAGAAGGUUAUUUUCAACUGCUUCGCUUAUCUUAUCGUGCGACAUUCAGGACCAGUAA